AUGAACCUGGCAUUGCAGCCGCACUGCGUACUGGCUUUCCAGGUGGUGGUAGACCCGGUGGCGGUAGACCUGGUGGCAGACCUGGUGGCGGCAGACCUGGUGGCGGCAGACCUGGUGGCAGACCAGGUGGCGGUUUCGGCGGAAGGCGAAGGCCUGGUGGCUUGGGCGGGGUCCGCCGUAGGCCUGGUGGCGUGGGCGGGGUCCGCCGUAGGCCUGGGUUCCGUCCUGGAACUCGCCGCAGGCCCAUUUGGACCGGCGGGGGCCGCCGGCGGCCUGCUUGGUGGGGUGGCGCUAGCGGAUGGUACCAUCGACGACGUGGCACCUGGUACCCCUGAAUGA